GUCCGAUAAUAAUGAAAAAGUUUAUGACCCAUAUGGUGGCCGUUCCAGUUCUCAGGAAUUGGGUGUUCCAAAACUUCAACAUGUUCAAGAACAAAUAGACAGCACAAAGGGUGAAAUUCAAAGCACACUUCUUACUAUGGCUCAACGAGGAGAAAAAUUGGGUGAAUUGGAAGAAAAAACAGCGAAAACUCGUAAUAAAAUGUGGUGGAAAGACGCAAAAAUGACUGUCAUCCUUGCAGUCGUAGCAAUUAUCAUAUUGGCUCUUAUUAUUGUUCCAGUUGUGCUUAAAGCUCAAAACAAAAUCUAA